CAAUGCCAAAGACAGUAAGAACAGUUGAAUAGUGAGCUGUUAUUAUUCUAUUUACUUAAAUCAUUUAGUAUAUUCAAAGUUUUUCAAAUAAUGGCACAAGCAUUACCAAAUCCCAACACUUUGUUACCAUUGGAACUUGUUGACAAAUGUAUAGGAUCUAGAAUUCAUAUAAUAAUGAAAAAUGAUAAAGAAAUGGUGGGAACAUUGCAAGGUUUUGACGACUUCGUAAACAUGUUAUUAGAUGAUGUGACCGAAUAUGAAUCAACGCCAGAAGGACGAAAAAUUACGAAAUUAGAUCAGAUAUUGCUCAAUGGUAACAAUAUUGCGAUGUUAGUGCCGGGCGGCGAGAUGCCAGGAGAAUCUUAUGAUGGACAGUAAUAAAUAACAUUGUUGUAGAUUAAUAAACAUACAAAUAAGCAAA